AUGAUGAACCCUGAGAGACCAAUGUUUCGUGCACAGACUGCAAUCAGCAGACUGCUUGAUCUAAAAGGUAACAAAAGGGGUGGAGCUGAAAGGAUCAUCAUCUCCACACCUUCUGCAGAUGCCCCCAUGUUCAUGAUAGGCGUGAACCAUCACAAGUAUGACAAUUCCCUCAAGAUUGUCAGCAAUGCUUCCUGCACCAACAACUGCUUAGCCCCCUUGGCCAAGGUCAUCCAUGACAACUGUGGCAUCAUGGAAGGACUCAUGACCACAGUCCAUGCCAUCACUGCCACCCAAAAGACUGUGGAUGCCCCUUCUGGGAAGCUGUGGCAAGAUAGCUGUGGAGCUCCCCAGAACAUCAUCCCUGCAUCCACUGGCGCUGCCAAGGCAGUGGGCAAAGUCAUCCCAGAGCUGAACGGGAAGCUCAUGGUCAUGGCCUUCCAUGUUCCUACUCACAAUGUGUCUGUCAUGGAUCUGACAUGCCAUCUGGAGAAAGCUGCCAAGUAUGAAUACAUCAAGAAAGUGGUGAAGCAAGCAUCCGAGGGCCCACUAAAAGCCAUUCUGGGAUACACUGAGGACCAGAAUGUCUGCUGUGACUUUAACAGUGACUCCUGCUCUUCCACCUUUGAUGCUGGGACUGACAUUGCUCUCCAUGACAACUUUGUAAAGCUCAUUUUCUGGUAUGACAACAGAGUGGUUGACCUUAUGGCCUACAUGGCCUCCAAGGAGUAAG